AUGAAGUUCAAAGACGUGAAUGUUAAUGUAACCAUGAAUGAUGAUGAUGAUAAAUUUAGUAAACCUUAUGAUAAAACGGAACAAACAUAUUCUGGUACCACAAAUCAAGUUGCUCACACAAAAACUGCAUUUGAUAAAAAUAAUGUAAAACCUGAAAAUGAAAUUGAAGAAAUGAAGAAAUUUGAUAAACAAGAAUCCUUGGAAUGGAGUGCUGCUAAUAAACAAAUUAGUGAUCAAACAAAUUCAAAAUCUUUUCAACCUGUUGAGAAAUAA